UAGAUAAAUCUAUAAAAUAAAUGGCUUCAUCACGAAAUAGUAAAGGCUUUGGAUUACGUAUGCUAUGGAUACCAGGACGCAAACAUCAGCAUCCGAAAGGUCGUUACGAUUCCACAAAUAAGCAGGUAUCAUAUGCUGGAGGUAGAGGACAAAAAAAAAGUGAAAUAUGGUCCUUAGGCGGUAGCAGAACACAUAAAGACUUAUUAAAUGCCGAACCGGAUACAUCAUUACUUGACGGACCUUCCGGUUCAGGCUUAGCUCCUAUUAGCUGUGCUGCAAUCGGUGCGGCGGCAACAUGUAACCCAACCAGCAGUAAACCGGCAGAUUUAAAAACAUCUGAAGAGAAUUUAUUAAAUUUACCAAACACCCCCAAUAGCACCUCAUCCACAGCUCCUUUGGUGUCGAUACCAAACAGUCCAGAGGCAGUAGCAACUUCAACAGCUGUACCGACAACAACACCUGAAAGCACAAUGCCUGCUAAAACAGCGUUGCCACCUAUAAUUGUCACUACGACAACAGCUGAAAUAUUUGAAUCACGAAAAAAUCGUUUUGAAAUUCUAAACGAAAUUGAUAGCAAUAAUGUUGAAAUUGACGAAUUACCCCCAAUACCCAGUAAUUUAUUAUUGGAUACAUCUGGUGGUACAACCGCAUCUGCUGUAACAUCACCCUCGACUUCGCCUAUACGUUCAACAAAUAAACGUUCGGAUUCACCUGAGAAGAAGAAUAGUCAUAGUCGUCGUAAUCAUAAUAACAAUCAUCAGGAAGAUGUUAAUUCUAUCGAAAGCAUUGAAGAUAACGCUGUAGAUGAAAAAAUUAAAAACUUAGAUUGGGUUAAUCAAUUGCAGGAGGAACUUAACAAUACACAAGCGACUCUGCCGAAAACUAAAAAUAAAAAAAAGAAUAAACCCACCACAGCUAAAGAAAAGGAUCAACUCGACGGUGUGCCAACGAAAUCAAAGGGAAAAGAAUUGCCACCGGACGAAGAUGAAAAAGUGGUGAAAUGUCUGUAUUAUACAUUGAUGUGUUGUGAUUGCUCAAUCUCUUAAAGACAUUGCACAAGCACAAUAACUUAUUAUAAGUAUAACACUAAACAUUAAUACUUCUUACAUCAUUUUUUAUAGUAUAUAUAUAAUGUAUAUAAUUUUUUUUUCUCUCACUUUUUAAUAAAUAAGCAUAAACUUAGACUAUAAGAACUUUAAAAAUUGAAUUAGAAAACUAAACAACGAUUUUAUCGUUAAAGCAGUUAAUCAAAACGAACCUAAUGAAUCUCUUCAAUAUAAUUAAAUUAAAUUACUUAAUUAAGUAACAUUUGCCAAGCGUAACAAUAAGUAUUCCUCUUAAUUACUAAUGAAAUAUAUGAAUUCGAUAGUUAUAAGUAACAAAAAAUUAAAAAAGAAUAAGAAAAACAGAAUACAA